CAACCUCGUCCUUCUUUUUCUUUCUCUCAAACAACUCUUUACUCACUAAACCAACACUUCACUCCAUCCUCGCUCGUAGCCUAUCUCACAGGUCAGAGUGUAUGUUCUCAAACAGCCUUUGCAGCGCUCACAACUCUUUUCGCGGCGUCAAGCACACCGCAGCUCCAGGCUUAUUAUCCGGUCUGUAACUACCUCGCUAUAGGUAUAACAAAUACAACGUACAAGAGAUUCAAAAUAUGUCUCCCACUGCCAUUGACCCCACCCCGGGGCAUCAUAACUCUUUCGCGCUUCCCAACGCGACUCCCAAGGUUCACGCAAGUGCCAAGCGAACCCCUGAGGGAGGUCUGCUCAAGGUAGACAGCCCUGACACGGUUUACACCGCCGAAGGGAUCAAAGCCAAGUUCAUCGACCGUGGCGCGAAUGUCAUCAAGGGCCCAGAUGGGAAACUCAAGGUAAACAAGACGGAGAAGACUAUCGAGUUCUUCACCAAAUCCAAGGUCGGCCGCGUCGGUCUGAUGCUCGUCGGCUUAGGAGGAAACAACGGAUCCACCGUACUUGCUACCAACCUCGCCAACAAACACGGUAUCUCGUGGAACACCAAAAAUGGCGUUCAGCAACCCAACUACAUCGGUUCGGUCGUUCGCGCUUCCACCAUCCGUCUCGGUAUUGAUCCCGACACUGGCAAAGAUGUCUUCGUGCCUGUAUCUGACAUGUUGCCCAUGGUCCACCCUAACGACUUUGUCAUUGGCGGUUGGGAUAUCUCGGGUUUGUCACUCGAUCAGGCCAUGUUCCGCGCCAAGGUACUCGAGUAUGAUCUCCAGAGGCAGAUUGCGCCUCUCAUGGCUGAAUACAAGCCUCUCCCGUCGAUUUACUACCCCGACUUUAUCGCUGCCAACCAGGCUGAUAGGGCGGACAACUUGAUCCCGGGUGACGACAAACAAGCUCAUCUCGAACAUAUCCGCAAAGACAUUCGUGAUUUCAAGGCAAAGCAUCAACUUGACAACCUCGUCGUGCUUUGGACCGCCAACACUGAACGCUACGCCGACAUCAUCCCUGGCGUCAACGACACCGCUGCGAACCUUUUGAAUGCGGUCAAGACGUCACACGAAGAAGUCUCUCCUUCUACUUUGUUCGCCAUUGCGUCAAUCCUCGAAGGUGUUCCAUUCGUCAAUGGUUCACCUCAAAACACUUUUGUUCCUGGAUGCAUCGAACUUGCCGAACAGCACAAAGCUUUCAUCGCCGGAGACGACUUCAAAUCCGGCCAGACCAAAGUCAAGAGUGUGCUCGCGGAAUUCCUCGUCAAUGCUGGUAUCAAGCCUUUGUCCAUCGCGUCGUACAACCACUUGGGUAACAAUGACGGAAAGAAUCUCAGUUCUCAACGUCAAUUCCGUUCCAAGGAGAUCUCCAAAAGUUCCGUUGUGGACGAUAUGGUCGCUGCCAAUUCGAUCCUUUACAAGACCGCUUCUGAUUUGACUCUUGAAUCUGGUCAAAUCACCAAGAAAGGAGAACAUCCCGAUCAUAUCGUCGUCAUCAAACAUGUACCCGCUGUAGGGGAUUCGAAACGUGCCAUCGACGAGUAUUACUCUGAACUUUUGAUGGGUGGACGAAAUGUCAUGAACAUUUUCAACGAAUGUGAAGAUUCUUUACUCGCCACUCCUCUCAUUUUCGAUCUCGCCAUCUUGGCCGAACUUCUCACUCGUGUGACUUACCGUGAAGUGGGUACCGCAGGAGAGACGGAAGACUUCCAGCCGUUGUACUCUGUCUUGUCGCUCUUGUCUUACAUGCUCAAGGCACCGUUGGUCAAACCCGGAACGGACGUUGUCAACUCGCUCAACCGUCAGAGGAACGCGUUGGAAUCGUUCCUCAAGGCUUGUCUUGGGUUGGAACAUCAAGGCGAUUUGCUUCUCAGCUCUAGGGUGUGGUAGAUGAGAUGGAGAAGAUGUUGAUAUUGGAAUGAUUUGAUGGGUACUCGUAAUGCUGAUGUUUUAAAGUUGAUGGUAUGAAUUGCGUGCGAUGUUUGA